AUGAAAGUUCCCUUCCAACGGCUGGUUCGGUUCGAAGACCCAGAUGGCAAUAUUCUCUUUGGCGAGGCCCCUGCUGGAGACAAUCUGGUCGGCCAACAGGUAGCAAUAUAUGAGGGUGAUAAACCUUGGAGCCUCCGCGAGUCACCUUCCCAUGCAAAGGUUGCCAAGGUGAUUUGUCCUUUGCCAGCAAGCCCCUUGGUCUAUGGCGUCGGUCUGAACUACAGCAAACACAUCGCUGAAUGUGGGUACCCUACCCCCGAGUAUCCGACGAGCUUCAUAAAGCCGCCAGAUGCGCUGGUGGGGCCGUACUCGGACAUUCGUGUCAGCAAGUCUCACCCGCAAAUUGACUAUGAAGGCGAAUUCACCUUCGUCGUCGGCAAAGAUGCCAAGGCUAUUGAGUCGAAACAUGCUGCAGACUACAUUUUGGGUUAUACAGUUGGAAACGAUGUUACUAGCCGCCAGUGGCAGCGUGUUCCUGGUAUUGGGACGAAUUACGGGAAGAGUGCCGACGGGUUCGCACCGAUCGGGCCAAUUCUGGUGGCCACCGAUGUUGUCGACCCAGACCAGCUCGAACUGAUCACCCGUGUCAACGGCAAGGAGCGACAGCGGUCUGGAUUAGAUGACUUGCGGUUCAAGGCUGGCGAUAUUCUGGCGCACCUCAGCAGAUACAAUACGAUUCGUGAGGGGACAGUGAUCAUGACUGGUACGCCAGCAGGCGUCGGGGCAUUCAUGGACCCUCCCGUAUGGCUGAAGCAGGAUGAUGUUGUAGAGGUGGAGAUUUCUAGUAUUGGCACAAUAAAAAAUCGAUUCCUUUUCGCAUGA